AUGAUAUUUUCAACUUUAGAGCAUAUAUUAACUCAUAUAUCGUUUUCCGUCAUAUCCAUUGUUAUUUCAAUUCAUUUGAUAACCCUAUUAGUCAAUGAAAUCGUAGGAUUAUAUGAUUUGUCCAAAAAAGCUAUGAUAAUAACUUUUUUCUGUGUAACGGGAUUGUUAAUUACUCGUUGGUUUUUUUCGGGCCAUUUACCAUUUAGUGAUUUAUAUGAAUCCUUAAUCUUUCUUUCAUGGGGUUUUUCAAUUUUUCAUAUAGUUCCUGGUUUUAAAAAGGAUAAAAACCUUUUAAGUACAAUAAUUGCACCAAGUGUUAUUUUUACCCAAGGCUUUGCCACUUCGGGUCUUUUAACAAAAAUGCAUCAAUCCGUAAUAUUAGUACCAGCUCUACAAUCCCAUUGGCUAAUGAUGCACGUAAGUAUGAUGAUAUUAGGCUAUGCAGCUCUUUUAUGUGGAUCAUUAUUAUCAGUGGCUAUUUUAGUCAUUACGUUUCAAGAAAUCAUCCAAAUUCUUGGUAAAAGCAAGAAUUUGGAUUCUUUAAAUAAAUCGGUUGAUUAUGUUGAAAUAAAAUACAUGAAUCUGAAUGAAAGAAACAAUUUUUUACGAAAAACUUCUUUUUCCUCUUCUAUAAAUUAUUACAGGUCUCAAUUUAUUCAACAAUUGGAUCGUUGGAGUUAUCGUAUUAUUAGUCUGGGUUUUCUCUUUUUAACGAUAGGUAUUCUUUCAGGAGCAGUAUGGGCUAACGAGGCAUGGGGGUCUUAUUGGAAUUGGGAUCCAAAGGAAACUUGGGCCUUUAUUACUUGGACCAUAUUCGCGAUUUAUUUACAUACUCGAAAAAAUAAAAAAUGGGAAGGUGUAAAUUCUUCCAUAGUAGCCUCUAUAGGAUUUCUUAUAAUUUGGAUAUGUUAUUUGGGGAUCAAUCUUUUAGGAAUAGGACUACAUAGUUAUGGUUCAUUUACAUCUAAUUGA